AUGACUAUGAUCGACACUGGUGCUAUAUACAAUUUCAUCACGCCUGAUGAAGCAAAGAGGCUUGGGUUAAAGAUCACCGAAAAGACUGGCUGGUUCAAACUCGUGAAUACCAAGAGUAAACCCUUUAAGGGAGUAACAAAAGAGGAAGAAAUGACUCUUGGUUCUUGGAAGGGUCUUGUGGAUUUUUUAGUAGCACCCAUGGAUGAUUUCAAGAUGAUCAUCGGACUCGACUUGCAAAGGAAUGCAAAUAUAAUACCGAUGUCAUACUACGACAUAGUAUGCGUCAUAGAGAAAGUGUCUCCAUGCAUGAUCCCUACAGUCUAUACAGCUAGAGGACCACCUAUGCUCUCUGCUAUGCAACUCAAGAAAGUAUUCAAGAAGGGAGAGAUUACAUAUUUAGCUCUAUUACAAAAAGAGUCAACAUCUAAAAGAGAAAAGUAUUCAUUUGCAAGGGAUGAAGUCUACUUUUUAGGACACAUCAUAAAGGUUGCUAUCACAGAAGGACCAGUACUAGCAUUGUCCGGCUACUCAAAGGUGUUUGAAGUCUACACUGAUGCUUCUGACAUUGCUAUUGGAAGAGUUUUGAUGCAAAAAGGACAUCCCAUUGCCUUUAAGAGUCGCAAGUUGAAUGAUACAAAGAGGCGAUACACCGUCCAAGAGAAGAAGAUGACUGCAGUGGUGUAUUGUUUGAGAACUUGGUACCACUACUUGUUUAGUUUACCCUUCAUCGUCAAGACAGAUAGUAUGGUUACAAGCUACUUCCAAACUCAGAAGAAGUUAAGCCCCAAACAAGCUAGGUGGCAAGAUUUCUUAGCUGAGUUUGAUUUCAAAUUUGAAUACAAGUCAGGUAAGACUAAUGUAGUAGCAGAUGUGCUGAGCUGCAAGGCUGAGUUGGCAGCCAUUUUUAUGGGCGAAGGAGAUAUUGUGCAUACCAUCAAAUAG